AUGGGUUUUUUGGAGGAAGGCACUCCUUUGACUUGGCGAGAAUCCGGGAGGUACAGGCAGACAGUAAAGCGGCGGGGCGUUCGCGAGUUCAUCAAACUCUUCAAACAGUUUAAGGAUGAUCGAUGUGACCCCCACGAUCUGUUCUGGGGUGACGAACUAGAACUGUGUCUUGUCAAGCUGGACGCUGCCUCACAGCGUCCUCAGGUUUUAUUGGCCGCUGAACACGCACUAGGUGAGCUGCGGACCAGAGAAGCUCGGUUAUCGCAAGCGCCGUCACGGGAGCCGCACGCGGCGCCCGCUUCGUCUGUCAGGUCUCCAGGCUCCGAGACGGCUCAGAGCGCUGCCGCAGACCGAAGCGGAUCCCCAGAAUCCAAUGCCUUUUCCGCUUCUCCGGGUGAGCAUGUCGGAAGAGCCGGCACGGAGGGCGAGAGCGCCGAUGUCCCGCGGUGGCGGCUGAGCAGAUGGCACCCUGAGUACGGCAGCCACAUGAUCGAAGCUAUCCCUGGAGAGCCGUUCAAUCUGGAUCUGAAUUCGCUCCUCUGUCUGCUGCCAUCUAUGCAACUACGACGAAAGAAGGUUCAGGCUGUCCUGCCCCCUGGAUGCUUCGCGGUCUCGUUGACUAGUUUUCCAACAGUGGGGGCGCUGUCGCUGCCGAACCGUCGAGCUGGCGGCUUCACAGGAGACAAACAGGCCUCUUCCUCUGAGCUUGCGAAGCGAAGCGAAAGUGACGGUUGUGGUAUUGAGGGGCAAGGAGAACGCCGAGAAGAUGUUUUUUUGCCCGGAGACUUCUCGUCGCCUCCGUCAGUACCAGACCCACUCCAUACUUUUGGUGGAAGCAUUUUUGUUGGCGAUGAAGUGACUAAAAACCACCCUCGCUUCCGGACGCUCACAGCAAACAUUCGAGCGCGUCGCGGGAAGAAGGUCGAGAUUCUGAUUCCGUUGUUUCACGACAAGCUCACUUCCGUUAACGAGGACGACCAAGAGGGCGCCUCGCUGCCCCAAACCGUCGAUGGUAGGGACCAUGCCGUUGUGGUAUCCGUAGACCAAGAACGCCGGCGGCAACGUGUGAUGAAUGGCGAGGCGCUCCACGACGGCCAGUGGAUCUACAUGGACCACAUGGUUUUUGGGAUGGGCAUGCACUGCACACAAGUAACUUUCGGGUGUCCGUCGAUGUCGGAUGCAAGAUACCUCUACGACCAGUUGGGUGUCCUCGCUCCCUUGUGGCUCUCGCUGACUGCUGCGACACCGUUCCUGCGGGGCCUAGUGGCGGCAACAGACACGCGCUGGGCGACGAUUGCUGGUUCUGUGGACUGCCGGACGCCGGAGGAGCUCAGGACGAUCCCCAAAUCCCGCUACGGGUCGUUCUCGCUGUACAUUAGUGACCAGCCGCCCUUACGAGAUAACGUUGAAUUCUACAACGACGUUCCUGCCCCGGUGGACUCGCGGGCAUACGAAGCAUUAAUUGCUGGAGGCGUUGACCCGCUACUUGCUCGCCACGUUGCCUUCCUGUUUGUGCGCGACCCUAUGGUGAUUUUUCGCGACAAGCUUCUGCAGUCAGACGGGCACAAAGGUGCCGAGGAGGAAAUCGCGCGAAUUUUGGAGGCAGAGGGGCAAGCAGACUGGAAAUUGGAUACCUACGACGACAACUGUAUAACGACAGAGAAUUUUGAGAACCUGCAGUCGACGAAUUGGAAUUCCGUUCGAUUCAAACCUCCACCUGCGUUCAAGCGGCUCACGGGGCAAACGGUGGCUUCGCAAAUGGAGACAUCGUCUUCGAAAGAGGAGGAAGAUAUCGAAGCACGAGCUGAGCUCGAUGAGAAACGCGCUGUGGGCAGACAAACAGCGAGAGUCGAAGGAGACCUCGAUGAAGAUAGAGCCAGGCGUCCAGAGUGCCGGUGUGGCGGAAGCAGCGUUGAGUGCUGGAGGGUGGAGUUCCGCACACCUGAGAUACAGCUGUGUGAUUUCGAGAAUGCAGCGUGUGUUGCGCUCAUCACCGUCCUUGUACAGGUUCUUCUUGAAGAGCGCUUGGAUCUGUAUAUUCCGAUGUCGCUGAAUGACGCGAAUGUGAAGCGGUCGGCUCAAGUCAAUUCGAUUCUAACGCAGAAAUUUUGGUUCCGCAAGGAUAUAAGACGUGACUCCAUCGAUCGCUCGUUCGGAGAAUUCUAUCUCCAUGAAAUCCUCUUUGGCGUGCCCAUGGAGCCAGGCCGCGAGACGCCUGCUGUGUGUCUAGUGCCGGCGUGUUUGGCGCACAUGGAGAGACAUUCGUCUCGCCUCUCGCCGUUGUGCGCCGCACAGUUGCUCGAAUUUUUUGAUUUCCUUCGGCAUCGAACGCAGGGCAUCAUCCCAACAGAUGCUGCCUUUCUUCGAGCGUGCCUGGCUGCUCACCCCGACUACAAGCGCGACUCGGUUGUGUCGCAGAAAGUAUGCUUCGCCGUGUGUGACCUAGCUGUGAAAAUUGGCCAAGGGACAGCCCGGGUGCCCGAGCUCUUUGGACCCUUCGCAGACCGCGUCGGCAUGCGCGUUUCUGACGAAGGACACAUACAGGGUUCAGCUGGUAGCUCAAAACCUGUUGUGACACCUGACUUUCCGUGCCCGCUGUCGGGCCAGCUCGCAGCUGUGCGUGAACAAUACUGCAGCAAGCCUGCUGCGGCUGCAGUUUCGCCAGCACCAGCCCGCGGUGUCCAACAGGGCUGCGGAGGCGGGUCUGCAGCGGAUAGCAGCGGUGCCGGACCUGCCCCGCCGCAAGGCAGAGAUAGCGUUAGCUCGUCCGCGACUGCAGGGUCUCAGGUGAAUCUCGCGUCAGAUUCUGUGCUGUCGACGUAUCUUGGAGCCCGUGUGCCUCUUACACUCCAAUGGUCUUGGAACGGUGGAGAUAUGGAGCGCGUUGUGCGUCCUGAGGGUACAGAAAAUACCUGUGAGAUGGGGAAGGGAGAGUCUGUGCCUCUGGAAGAAAACAUAAGCAGUGGCAAACCCCCACAGGGCUCGACCGCAACUCGGCGGUCUGUCCCGACUACCAGCGAGGGUUCCGCGUGUACGUGGAUGGCUGCGGCCGCGACUGGCGGAGUGGAUUCAGAUACAGAAGCUUCCGAUGAGAAUGCCUUCGCUUCCUCUCCCAGUUUGGCUGACCGCUCAGAGAUCCCCAACGGGGUGAGUCAGAACUGUGGAAGCGAGGCGCCUAAACGGGGAUGGCAAGUGUCAAUCUUUUAG